CAUUUGUGUGAGGCGACCGCUCUCUGUUGCCAAGUGUAUUAUUCACCAAUAACUACGUUUACAUUUAUACGUUACAUGUCUUGGUGUAAACAGCAGUUUGGGUAAUUCCUGUCUCCCAGCGCACCCAUUGACCGUUGUGGAAAACAACGUCUUAACGUUUCGUCACAAAAAGGGAAGAAAACGUGCAUUCGAAACAAGUAGUUGACCGGUGGCGGCUAACGUGAGCUAGCUAGUUUAUGUUAAUUGGCUAACUAUUGUUAGCUGACCUCUUAUUUGUAUCUGUGCCGUGGUCGCUGUGUCCGUUCGUGACUUUAUCACGUCCUCUCCGGAGAUUGAAAACGAUGGAGUGUUCUCAUUUGAGCUCGAACGUGAGCUUUGCUGGCGACUCCUGCAAGCUGCCGAACGGUGCUCCUUCCUCCUGGUGCUGCAGCGUUUGCAGAUCGAAUAAAAGCCCAUGGCUUUGCCUCACCUGCCUGGUGGUCCACUGUGGACGAUAUGUGAAUGGUCAUGCAAAGAAACACUUUGAAGAGAGUCACGUGUGCAGCAGCCAAAGGAAAGCUGACAAACAGGAGAAAGAGAAAAGUCAACAUUCGGUUUGCAUGGAUUCUGGCAACUACAGUGUGUUCUGUUACAGAUGUGAUGAAUUUGUUGUCAAUGACACCAAAGUUGGGCAUGUGCAAAAGGUACGGGAGCAUCUCCAGAGUUUAGAAAACUCAGCCCUGAUAGGGGACAGACAGAGGAAAAGAAAACUUCAAGACAGCCAGGCCCCAGACAAGAAAACAUUGAAACAGAAUGAUAGCGCUGCUUUGGGUGCUACUGGGCUGCGUAACCUGGGCAACACGUGUUUUAUGAAUGCCAUUCUGCAGUCGCUCAGUAACAUCGAGCAGUUCAGCUGUUACUUCAAGGGGUUGCCUGCAGUAGCGCUACGCAGCGGUAAGACGGCCGGAAGGAGGACGUACCACACUCGCAGCCAAGGGGACACCAAUGUGUCACUGGUGGAGGAGUUAAGAAAGACUUUUUGUUCCCUCUGGCAAGGGAACCAGUCUGCCUUUAGUCCGGACUCCUUAUUUUAUUCAGUGUGGAAAAUCAUGCCGAGUUUCAGAGGCUAUCAGCAACAGGAUGCCCAUGAGUUCAUGCGCUACCUGUUGGACCACCUGCACAGGGAGCUCCAACAGAGUCAGAACAGGGCAGCAGAGCCUAGCUCGCCUCAGGACAGGCUCCGACUCUCCAGCAUGGAUGGCAAAAGCUGCUUAAACGGCGCUCCCAGUGUCGUCACAUCUAUUUUUGGUGGGAUCCUUCAGAAUGAAGUCAACUGUUUGAUAUGUGGGACCGAAUCUCGGAAGUUUGACCCCUUUCUUGAUUUGUCGCUGGACAUUCCCAGUCGGUUUAGACAAAAGAGGAGUAAGGAUCAAGAGCCAGGUCCAACGUGCACCUUGCGUGAGUGCUUACGAAGCUUCACUGACCUGGAAGAGCUGGAUGAAACUGAGCUGUACUAUUGUCACAAGUGUAAAAAACGACAGAAAUCCACUAAGAAGUUCUGGAUCCAGAAACUUCCAAAGGUUUUGUGCCUGCACUUAAAAAGGUUCCACUGGACUGCCUUUUUGAGAAACAAAGUGGACACUUAUGUGGAAUUUCCACUAAAAGACUUGGACAUGAAGGGCUAUUUGCUUGAGCCAGAGAGUUUGUUAGCGGAGAGCUGUCGGUAUGACCUGGCAGCCAUUGUAGUGCAUCAUGGAUCUGGGGCGGGAUCGGGACACUACACGGCGUAUGGCAGCCACGAGGGGCGCUGGUACCACUUCAACGACAGCACAGUCACGCUUGCCACUGAGGAAACGCUGAGGAAGGCCAAGGCGUAUAUCCUUUUCUACACGGAGAGGGCUGAGCGGACGACAGCAGCGUUGGACACGUGUUUUGGAGAGGCGGACGCACACGGGAUUUUAGAAAACCACUCGGCACCAGAUACCUUGCCAUUACAAAACACAGACACGGCCGCACCAGAGAAAUCGAACGCAGAGAGAACGCGAUCAGCCGAGGCCUCUGUGUUUGAGGGUGAUGUUCAAACUGCGACACAGUGAAUCAGACCAAUUCCGUUCUUCACCCCAGUCACACCUUGCAACCCUCAAGGCAGUUAUUUUGGAGCCAAAUAACAGUUGUUGUCAUUUUACAUUCAUCUCCUUAGUGUUUUGUUGCUCGGUGGAUUUUUAAUCCAAAUAUCAUCGUUUCACUUAAUGAAUGGCGUUAAGCCUUAGAAAAUGUGUUGGUCCAAACUUGGUCCCAAACUGACCAAUAACAUUUACUCAGACACUGUCAGUUGAAGUCUCCCUUAUUUUGGUGCAAAUCAUGUUCUCCACCCACUCAGAACCUCUCUAGCGGAGAACACACGUUUCAAAAUGUGACGGAACCCACACAUGAGAAAGAAAAAAGUGGCAAUUGUGUGCUUACUGUUUUUAUAGGGUGUGGUGUACUCCAGAGUCAAGACAGAACCAUAUCUCCACUGACAAUUGCGCUUUCCCCCUCUGUCGUAGUAGCAAAACUGACCUGUGAGACAUAUCAUACAAACAACAGCACCAGUUGUUUUUCUAUGUCCAGCAGCAGCGCCAGCCUCAGGUCGUUUCCUAAUUGGCUCUCGUUCUGUUUUAUGCCGCAAUCACAGAGUCCGUGGAUUGGCUAAACUCUUUGUUGACCACAUACUUUGUGUUCAUGAAGACUGAACUGGUUAAGCAUUUACAAUUUCCAAGCAGAUCAGAGGGAAAAAAAUCAUAAGCAAUACAGCCCACGCCACUCAGGAUAAUCUUUUAGAGACAUCUGACAAUCAGGUAUUUCUUAACUCUGACCUGUAGGUGGUAAAGAUGCUCAAAGAAAUUCCCCAUUAUCGGUAUGUGAGUACCCCGCAUUAGUCAUGUGGGACAUUGUAACCUUUACCAUUCAAAGAUCUAUGACUGACAAAAGCUCUUAUUGAUCGUGACCAUGAUGUGAAAGCUAUAAUUCUCCUUGUAUUUGGAACAUUUUUAAAACAAGUCAAACCUGAUGAGAAAAACAUUGAAAUGUUUUUUUUUUUGUGUGUGGUUGAUGAGGGAAAGUGCUUUGUGGGAAAACUAUUAUAUACACACACAUAUACAUAUGUAUAUAUAUAUAUAUAUAUAUAUAUAUAUAUAUAUAUAUACAUGCUAUCAUUUCUAACCAUUGAGUGGAAUUAAUUACCACGUUUCCGCAUAGAACCAGGUAACUGACUUGUAGAUAGCAUUCAGUUUUUAAAAUUUUCAAUUAUUGGUUCAUGGUGGGCGACUGGUUAGCACAUCUGCCUCACAGUUCUGAGGACCGGGGUUCAAAUCCCGGCCCCGACUGUGUGGAGUUCGCAUGUUCCCCCUGUGCCUGGGUGGGUUUUCUCCGGGCACUCCGGUUUCCUCCCACAUCCCAAAAACAUGCAUUGAGGGUUAAUUGGAAACUCUUAAAUUGCCCAUAGGUAUGAAUGUGAGUGUGAAUGAUUGAUUGUUUCUAUGUGCCCUGCGAUUGGCUGGCGACCGGUUCAGGGUGUACCCCGCCCAAAGAUAGCUGGGAUAGGCUCCAGCAGCGCGCGACCUGCGUGAGGAGAAGCGGUGAAGAAAAUGGAUGGAUGGUUCAAAGAAAUUAAAAUGUUAAAUGUCUGAUAGUGAAAAUAAUCAUUGGUGCACCCUGAAAAUAAACGUGCAACAUAACUCCCAAUAUCAUACAUGUGCCAUUUGCAUACGAAUGCGAUCCAGUUGGACUCAUUUUUUAGAUAUAUUCGAAUUAAAUCAGCUCAUUCUGUUUCUAUAAGGUGUCAGGCGUUCUUUGAAUUGGCUACUUGGAAUAGUAAACAGCCUUUAAUGUUCAAGCGCAACGUGGAACCGUGACCGUUUGUUGUUUGUCCUGCACACACACACACACGUGAGUGCACUGGAAAUGAUUCAGAGUAUCUUUUUGCUUGACAAAAGAACAGGCUGCUGCUUGCACGUGGCUCACGACUCACCCCCUUUAAACAUUUUUUUUCUCUCUCUCUCUCUCUCUCUCUCUCUCCCUCUGACGCAGUGUGUGAUGCUAUAUGCUCAGCACUAAUGAGCUCACAUUGGAGAGUGUUUUUUUCCCCUCACUGGUAAAAGAACACUGUGGCACAGUGAGUCACUAUCCAGAAUGUAUUCCCGGCAAAGAUGUUUCACAAUGUCCUCUUAGAGCAUUGUUGUGUGUGAGUGUUUUAAACUGAUACAGUAGAACAGGACAUGGCACUGUAGUCUAGGAUGAUGACGCUGCCAUAAUGGCAUGUUCUCUGCACUGCCAUUGAGUAACAGCAUUUGACAUUCACUCAGGACUCCUUUUUUUUUUUUUUUUAACACUAUGUAAUUAUCUGGAAUACAAUACAGGGAAGUUGGGUAACUAAAAUGGGUCAGGUUUUACUAUACUCCCUUUUUGCAGUCUCACAUUUACAAUACUGUACUUACAUACAGUACCGGUACCUGUAGUCUCACAUUUGCAUACAGUAUAUUAGUCCUAGUUUUACAUAGUCUGAUGUUUACAUACUUCAUACACAUACAUUAUUUCUUUUCACAUCUACUUGCAUAUUCUUUCUCUCAACUACCAUAGAUUCUGACUUUCAAAUACAUAACUGCAUACAUUUUGGCUAGAUGUCAAAUGUACAUUAUAGGAAAAAUGUAUGCAUGGAAGAGAAGAAUGUGAGGAGAAUACCGUAUGUACAUCUCCUGUUUAAAAUUAACUGGGGUCUGGUGCAGGGAUGGGCAUAAUAUGGCUCUUGGGCCACAGGCAGUCCGGUCUAUUCUUUAAGCCAGCCCUCUGAGCACUUACAUUCUCAAGACCCCUGUAUCAUUAAAGUCUGACUAAUAGCAUAGAUGAAGUCAUUUUCGAACAUGUUUGGAAAAUAAUAAGAAAACAAAAUUCAACAAAGUCCAGUUGCCUUAAUUUAUCUUUUUUGGAUUACCAUGACCCUGAUGACAAUCUUCAUGGACAUGAAGAAAAAAAACCAACACAUUUUUAGCAUAUGUUAGACAUCUAUUAAUUCGUAUUAAAUCAUUGUAAAUAAAACACAAAAUUAUUUUUCUGUUCUUAACAUAAUAUGAUUUACAUGCACCUUUAAACUUUCUUUUCUUUUUAAUCUUAUCUACUCAUGACUUUGACAAUCUGUCCAUUUUAAAAAUUAAAAUGUAGCCCACCCCUGGUAGAAUGGAAUGAAAGAUCUCAAAUGAAAUGGGUAAUUGGUUCUCAAAGUUUUUAUACUACGUACCACCUAAAAUUAAUUAGGUGAAAAAACAGAGACUUUAUUCCUAAAAAAAAAAAAAAAAAAGUGUAUGCAAUAUAAUUAGAAGCCACUGUAACACUGCACA